CAGGAACUGGGCUGCUUUGGCCCUUCCCAAGAGCCUGGGCGGUGGCUGGUUCUGGCCCUCUGCCUGGGCCUGGCCCGCCUCUCUCCCUGGGGCUAUGUGUAGGAAACAGAGCAUUCCUCCUGACUCCAGCCAUUGCACCGCUAGCUGCAGAAGACAGCGCGAUAUUUUGGGGCUUGCAGAUAUGGCUGCUGUCCUGGAAGCUAAUACCACCUUUGCUCUGAACCUUCUGAAGAAGCUGGGGGAAGAUAAUUGCAACAACGUGUUUCUCUCUCCCCUGAGCAUCUCCUCUGCCCUGGCUAUGGUCUACCUGGGGGCCGGGGGCAUUACCUCGAAGGAGAUAUCCCAGGCCCUCAGUUUCCAUCGGGUCAGUGGCGACGUGCACCAGGGCUUUCAGGAUGUGAUGGGCUUCGUGAACAAGCCAGGUACCCAGUACCAGCUCAAGAUGGCCAACCGCCUCUUUGGGGCCCAGACCUGCGAGUUCUUGUCCUCUUUCAAGGACUCCUGCCUCAAAUUUUACCAAGCCGAGAUGGAGCUGCUGGAUUUUGCCCAGGCUGCUGAGAAGUCCCGGAAUCACAUCAACUCCUGGGUUGCACAGAAGACAGAAGGUAAGAUCAAAGAUCUUCUGAAGCCUGGUAUGGUUAACUCAGAGACUCUGCUGGUUUUGGCCAAUGCCAUCUACUUCAAAGGAAAUUGGGCAAGUCGGUUUGAGGAGGAAAAUACCAAGGAAAGUUCCUUCAAAAUCAGCAAGAAUGUGAGCAAGCCGGUGCAGAUGAUGUACCAAACAGCCACCUUUAAAAUGACCUACAUUGAAGAGAUCUUUACCCAGAUCCUGGUGCUGCCCUAUGUGGGCAAAGAGCUGAACAUGAUCAUCAUGCUUCCAGAUGAGGACAAGGACCUGAAGACGGUGGAGAGUGCACUCACCUACGAGAAGUUCAAGGAGUGGACGCAGAUGGACAUGAUGGAUGAUGAUGAGGUGGAGGUGCUAUUCCCCAGGUUUAAGCUGGAGGAGAACUACGACCUGGAGGCCGUCCUCGGGAAGCUGGGCAUGACCCUGGCCUUCGACCGGGCUGCAGCCGACUUCUCGGGCAUGUUGUCCAAGCAGAAACUGUGCCUGUCCAAGGUGGUGCACAAGGCCUUCGUGGAGGUGAAUGAGGAGGGCACAGAGGCUGCGGCAGCAACAGGAGCUACAUUUGUGUUUUACUGCGCCCGAGUCCUGCCCCGCUUCUGUGCUGACCACCCCUUCCUCUUCUUCAUCCAGGACAGCCAGACUCAAAGCAUUCUCUUCUGUGGUCGCUUUUCUUCUCCCUGAGGGCUCCCUCAAGACCCUAAAGCUUACAAUCCUUCCAGCUGUGUCCCCCUGCAGCCCUGUCCCUUGAGUCAUCUCUCAAAAAUAAAGUGCCUCCUUUGCAACCAAA